UAACACCAAUGACUUGGGACCUCAUUUGGCUUUUGGUCUUUUGACCUGGAAUGACUUGAUAUCCUCCCCAAAGACUAAAAAUGAUGUUAAUAAAAGUGUGUUGUGUGGUGAGAUUGUUUUGCCAAAUAAUGACGAGUUCAAACAAAGUUCAGGACUUGGUCUUGAUUCAUGACUUCGUAGCUAAGAUUUGACACUUACAAAACAACUGUAUAAACACAAAUACUCCAAAUGUCUUCACAGGUGACAGAGAAAAAUGAACUGGGGAUUCCUGGAAAACAUCCUCAGUGGUGUGAACAAGUACUCUACUGUCGUCGGGCGCAUCUGGCUCUCUGUGGUCUUCCUCUUCAGGAUCUUGGUGUACGUGGCGGCGGCUGAGCAGGUGUGGAAGGACGAGCAGAAGGACUUUGUGUGCAACACCCGGCAGCCAGGUUGUGAGAACGCAUGCUUCGACCACUUCUUCCCCAUCUCCCAGGUGCGUCUCUGGGCUCUGCAGCUCAUCAUGGUGUCCACCCCGUCCCUGCUGGUGGCCCUGCACGUGGCCUACAGGGAGCACCGCGAGGCCAAGCACAAGCGUAAACUGUAUGAGGACAAAGGCAGCAUUGAUGGAGGUCUCUUCUGCACGUACAUCGUCAGCCUGGUCUUCAAGACUGCCUUUGAGGUGGGCUCCCUGCUGGCUUUCUACUUCCUGUACAAUGGCUUUGAGGUACCCAUGCUGCUCCGCUGCAGCCAGAGUCCCUGUCCCAACACGGUGGACUGCUACAUCGCCAAAGCCACAGAGAAGAAGAUCUUCCUCUACAUCAUGGGCUGCACCUCUAUCCUGUGCGUCGCUCUGAAUUUUGUGGAGCUGGUGUACAUUGUUUGGAAACAGUUGUGGAAAUGUUUCACCAGGCGGUACAUCCCUGUGGAGGAGAAGGAGGCUUUCAGCAGCAGCCGGCCACCUGUCUCCAUUGUAAACAAGUUUGCCUCCACUGAGCCCACACCAAACACAGAUACAAUCACCACAAAGUCGGCAUCUGCUGCUGAAAACCAGUCUGUCCGGUUGUAGAGGGCAGGGACUUACUGAGAGCUGGUGUUCUUAUCUCAGCAUGAAAUCACAGUGGAACCUUUGUUUACC